CCCAUUCAUUUUAUCAUUUUAACAUUUUACUAGAAUAUCGGAGUAAUCGCCCUUUGAUCUCUUUUCCAAUAGUUUCCUAAUCAUGGACCAGGAAUACGAUUAUGUUAUCCUUGGUACAGGACUCAAGGAAUGUAUUUUGAGUGGUCUGUUGUCCGUAAACGGGAAAAAGGUUCUUCAUAUGGAUCGCAACUCUUACUACGGUGGAGAAAGCACUUCCAUGCAUCCUCUUGAUGAGUUGUUCAAGAGAUUUAAAGAAUCCGAAGGCCCGGGCGACAGCUUCGGUAAUAGUCGGGACUGGAAUGUCGACUUGAUUCCCAAGUUUUUGAUGGCAGAUGGUGGUCUUGUCAAGUUGCUGGUUCAUACUAAAGUAACGCGUUACUUGGAAUUCAAGCAGAUUGAAGGAAGCUAUGUUUUCCGCGGUGGAAGCGUCUACAAGGUUCCUGCGAAUGACAAGGAAGCUCUCUCCUCCAGUCUGAUGGGAAUCUUUGAGAAACGACGAUUUCGAUCGUUCCUUCUUUUUGUUCUGAAGUACAACGUAGAAGACCCAACUACUUGGGAAGGCAUCGACCCGAAGACUUCGACUAUGAAAGAUGUUUAUUCCAAGUACGGUCUUGAUCAGAACACUCAGGACUUCACAGGCCAUGCCAUCGCUCUGUAUCUCGAUGAUGACUACAAAACAAAGCCGUGUGGGGAGCCUCUACAGCGCAUAAAGCUGUACUAUGAUUCUCUGUCUCGCUACGGUCAUAGCCCCUAUUUGUAUCCUCUCUACGGGCUUGGCGAAUUGCCUCAAGGGUUUGCCAGAUUGUCGGCUGUUUAUGGCGGUACAUACAUGUUGAAUAAACCAGUGGAAGAAAUUGUCAUGGAGAACGGCGUAGUCUGUGGAGUGAAGUCGGAAGGAGAGGUUGCAAAAACGAAAGCUGUUAUCGCCGAUCCUUCGUACUUCUCCGAGAGAGUAGAGAAAGUAGGACAAGUUGUUCGGUGCAUUUGUAUUCUGUCUCACCCAAUUCCUAAUACAAACGAUGCAAAAUCCUGCCAGUUGAUCAUUCCCCAAAAUCAAGUUGGCCGAAAAUCAGGUAAGUUUGAUAUCUUUAUCGCUUUAUUACCAUCCUUGCUAGUAUUUUCUUAAAUCACUGGUAAGCGGAGGUACAACUUCCAUCACUGCGCAUAAGACUUUUCGUUCGACAGACGAUAAAUUCCUUACAAUUACAGCAGUUAUCUCAAUUUCGGGUGUCAUAAACCUUUCAGAAAGUGAUUCGAUUUCCUGAUUAUCAACUAGGGUCAUACAGCUGUCCGCCAUGUUUUUGUUCAAAGAUGAUAACCUGGAUGAGUUUGUGUACAUACAAAUAAAUUUAAGAUAAUGUGGUUUCGACGGGAACCUAAUUAUCGGCAUUUUAUGUUUUGGAAAUCCAUUGAUGUUCGUUUUACCAGCAAAAUCUAUUUGUUUCAGGUUUAAGUCACAGGUCUCCUCCUAAAUGGAAAAUUUCAAAAAUUUAAAUGACUUUCGAAUCGAUUUGCAUGAAGUUAUUAAUAUUAACAAGAUACAGACACCUGUCCAUGAUUAGUAAACAUUAUCACAAAGCUUUAGUCGUCGUUGUUAUCGCCUGCUCCUUUACUAAGUAUUGUUGAAAUACCAGUGUCAUACAGUUUUUUAUCCUUUUUACAUUAAGAGUGCCCAAACACGACUUUUCCUUACAAUAUCAGUAUAUUUUGAAGAAAAAAUAAAAAUAUUGUUGAGGGUGGCAAGGGGUUCCUAUGUGAGUGGUAAUGAAGGCCAAAAUUUGUCUUUACAGGAAGGCAAGCUUGAUCUGUGAAUUUAUGAACUAACCAAAGAGGUGAUUUGCCUUCUGUAUUUUUUCUUUCAUUUCAUGAAAACCUCAAGAUUUCUUUGAAACUUUAUGCACAAGAGGAGAGAGUUGAAUUUCCCAUUUCAAGUUUGGGAUUUGUGAAAUGUUGUUCAAAGUAUAAUAUAAGCAAAGCAGGAAUAUUUCUAUUAUCUGUGUGUGAAGAGGAAUCAGGACCACUCAUUACUACCCUCAAAAAUAGAUACAAAAGAUUCAACAAGGAGAUAUUGUUCUCAGGGCUAAGAUUAUAAGAAAGCUUCACAGAUAGUUUAGGGAAUUCAUAUUUACCCUAGAUUGUGUCAGGGAAAGGUCCAUUCAAUAUUUGGUGCAACCUCUGGUUUAAGAAACUUUUUUGUCGAGCAGGACUCUCAUAUUUCUUUGUGGGGAGCUUAUGUGCUGUCAAGUCUAGAUUUAAAACCCUCAGUUCAAAUUUAAAGCACAGCUUUAAUGUUUAUCUUUCCAUUUUACAUGUGUGUGUGUGUUUGUAUAUAUAAAUUCAUAUCUAUCUUUUUGCCUAUUUUCUGAUGGGCUGUUAACUUUGAGUCCUGGGACAACUGAGACCAGUGAUUCAACCACUUCCUUUUCAUUCUAACUUUAAAUUUCUAUUUAUCUCCCAUAUUUUUAUUGGUAGCAAACAAAUUUAACUAAUAUCAUGUUUUUAUGGGUGAUAUUCUAUAUAUUUCAAUUUCCUAAUCAUCAAGGAUCCAAUUUUGUGAGAAAUUUUCUCAAGUGUCUGACUCCUGAGACAUUACCGAUUUUUUUAAAAAUUUUUUACCCAUUUCUACCAGAUAUCUAUGUGUGCUGUAUGUCUCACACCAACUCAGUCACCCCAAGAGCUAAAUAUUUGGCCAUUGUUAGCACCAAAAUUGAGACAAAUGACCCUUCGUCCGAGUUACAGCCUGGCUUGAAUCUUCUUGGCAAGAUUGACAAGAAGUUUGUAUGGAUCAGUGAUAUGUACAUGCCUAAAGAUGAUGGUAAAGAAAGUAAGGUAUGUAGUCAUUAUACCUCCAGUUCUUCUUAUGGACUGUUCUCUUGCUUCAUUAAAGAUACAAUUUAACCCUAAACUCUUAGGAGUAAUAAACAUCUAGAGGACAUUACAGCCUAGAAGCAUUUGACCAUCUUAAUGUGUUGUAAGCACUUUACAAACUAGUUUGUGUUUGAAAGAGAACAGGCUAUAAACACACUGCUUUUGUAACUGUUUUUUUUUUCCAUGGCCAAUGUCUUUGCAGUUGCUCAUUAUUUAAACAAGUUAUUGAGCAGAAUAAAAUAUUUAACAUUGACAGUUAGUAAACAUUUGGUUAGUAACUGCAAUUAUUUUUUUUUUUUCAAAAGCAGACUUUUGGACUUUGCUCCUGUAGCUGGCUCUUGUAUAUAUCUGGCUUAUUUUUUAAAAAUUGAAUUGAAAUGGGAGAAGUGAUCAAACUGCCUUGUUGACUAGAGAAAGAGGCUUUUCCAUCUUGUCAUAAGAGACGAAGAAAAAGUCCCAUGGGUGAUCAAACCUCAAACCUUCAGAUUUUCAUAAAAAUUAGCCAUCUCUAUCCUUUGAUUUGCCUAGUAAACUGUAGACUGCUUGGCGUUGUACUCAAUAUACCCCAAUGUGUAUAUCAGUGUUACUGUUAGUAAUAAUUGUAACAGCAGUAAACCAAAGUAAACAGAGUUUAAUAUCUCACUUGACCUUUUAGCAGGAAGAAAAAUAUCGUGAUCAAUCUUGUUGCAUUCCAGCAUGUACAUGAAUCAUUUAUUUUCACAAUUAUAUGCUUUUACUUUAAAAUUUGUACUUGUUUGUUUCAUUAUUUUGGUUAAACAGUCCAAAGCAUGUAUUAGUGUUAUAUUGCUUCCCAAAAUUGCUGACUGAUAUUUGGCGACAGGCAAUACAAAAGUAGAAAAUGUUUCAAAUGAAAUUGCUGUUCCUACAUGUAGGUCUUUAGAGUAUUGCUAUUUUUCUGGGAUGAGAUUUUUGUCCAUUGCAGUUACAGGAAUUAGUUGAAUUUCCUUCCUGACAGUUUCCUGUUACUUGUUUAAUAUGCUGUUGUGAAGAAGCACUGCAUGAAACAAGUGCUGAUCUAAAGUUUAUUACCAGACCCCUGAUUGAGAGUUUUGGGUUUGAGACAGCCUGCAGUGCAGGUGUCUCACAAGGGUUAGGUAAUUUUAAGAAGUUCACAAUCAUUUAUUUAACCCACCAUGUUUGAUUUGGAGUUACAGUCUGUGUGUAGGGGGGUACAAAUUUCUGUUUCUUCCCAGUCUUCAGCUGCUCCAAAAAUCAAAUAUGGCAGUUAUAAUUUUCACCAAGACAAUGCUUAGUAUAUGCCUGCCAAAAUUACAGCUGAACUGAAGGCUAGGUUUGAGACCAGGUCAGGUUAUAGUGUUGUGUUCCAAGGCAAGACACUUUACUUUGACUUACAGUGCUUCUCUCCACUCAGGAAUAUAGAUGAGUAACAGUGAAUUGUCAGGGAGGCCUUACAAAAUGCUGUAGGGUAACCAGCGACAGACUGGUAUCCCAUUUAGGAAAAGUAACCAUACCCUUGCUCUAGAAACUAAGAGGAGCUCCUGUUGGUGGAGCCUCUUGGCUCAAGUAUAGAUGUCACCUCUUGACUGUGGGAGGAAAGUAACUUGUAAAACUUAAAAAGCAUAGGCUUGAACUUAAAAAUUUAAAAUCCUGAGCCCAAUACCAGAGGUUUCAAUUAAAGGUGGUUACAGGUGGUGUACUGCUGCCAAUAAGACCUCCCACUGCUGUUUGUUGACCUCAGGUGCAAGCCGUGAUGUUUUGGCUCCUUUGUGGCCACAGCUAUCUAUUACACCAUGGGCAGUUACUCAUGGAAAAAUUUUGUUAAAACCCCUGUUUUGCAGUAACCAGUAUUUCACCAUGUCUCCCAAAGAUGUAUAAUUUGGACUUACUCUUUUUUGCCAUUUAUUUCAUCAGAUAUUCAUUUCGAAGUCUUACGAUGCUACUACUCAUUUUGAAACUGUCUGCGAAGAUAUCAUGGAUAUGUAUGAGAGGAUCACAGGGGAAAAGUUUGACCCCAGUUCAAUUUCUUUAGAAGAUGUCAAAGUUGAGAAUUAAUUUCUUGCAAUAAUUUCAGUAUAAUUGUAGUGAAACAAUUUUUUAAUAGCAUUCCCCAUCAUGUGAUAAUUAUUUCAUAUUUGGACAAACUGGUAUUGACAGUGAGGCUAAUUUUAAAUGACAGUGAUUAGUUUUCUAGUGAAGGAAGAUCUCAGUGUGGUGAUGGCUUCUAUGGCUAACUGUUAAAAAUUUGGUCAUUGUACAACUAAUGGUUAAUUUCUUUCUGAUAAGGUUAAAAGGACAAUUUUUACGGUUAACUUUUCUUUUAUGAUUAACAGUUAAAGUUGUCAAGAUUUGUGCCUAAUGGCUAACCUGUUUUGCCAUUUUACUGCUAACAGUUAACCCCAUUGAGACCCUGGUAAUGGAUGUUAAUUUAGAAUGUAUCAUUUAACCCUUUCAUUCCCAAGAUCUCAUGUAGUUGGUACUUCUCCUUUGUGUCUGCCAUGCAAUUCAUAUGAUUUUCCUUAUGGGAAUUUGGUAUUGAAUCAACAGAUAGUUUCUUAAUUGAUAUUUUUCUCCAUUCUUGUCACUUGUCUGCUUGAUAUGGUAUUAGCAUUGUAAGGAGAAAUUCUGUCUUGGUCACUCAUGGAAGGUUUGAAAUUAAGAACAACAGGGGCAAAACAAGAAUCCAUCAAGCUGAUUCAAUUAUUAUUUAACAGUUAUUUGUCAAAGGUGAAGUGAAUAUUGUUGAAUGAUCCCCAAGACUAAGUGGAAGGGACUAUUCCAAAAUAUUCAAUGAGCAAGAGGUGAAUAAAUUUUCAGUAUAAUUGCUGGGUGCUUUUGUAUUCUGUUAUAAAUUCAUUCUGUUGGUGAAACAAUUCUGUUAUCAUUUCUUUUUUGAUAAAUCAUUUCAAGAUAAGCAGAUAAGACAUCCUUGUAAACAAACAGUAAAGUUUAUAAACUAGAUUCUCACAUUGAUAUAAAUCCCUGAAAACAUGCAAUCAUUUGGAAACAGUAAUUCAAUAAUGAAAACUUUUUAAGUUGAUCCAACUUUGACCAAUUAAAGAUGAUUGUUGUUCCCAUAACCUAACCCUUUGACCCCUGAGAGUGAUCAGCAUCUAAUUUCUCUUUACAAUAUUACACCUGGAUCAAACAUUAUGGUCAUAAGAAUAAGGGAAGUGAUCAUCACAUAAAGAAGUUCUUGAUUGUCAAACAAUUCUCCUCGUCAACGCCUUAGGAAAUGUUUGGAGAAUAUGCCUGAAUGGACAUCCAUUGUCUAAGAAUCAUGUAAGCCUGUCACUGGAAAUCAUUUUUAUUUCAAUCAGUUGCUAGUUAACCACUCAUCAGAUAAUUAUGUCACCUGUAAUGAGAGAUUAUAGGGUGAGCUGCCCAUAGGGCAAGUACAAAAACAGAAUAAUUUAUUAUGUGAUAUAUUAUUUAUUAGUUUUAAUUAUAAGAGACAUAUCCACUGAUCAGUAGGAGUUAAAGUUUGUUCAGAAGGAUACAGCAGUCAAGUGUAGUUAUUUAAAAGGAAAUCCAUUUUUGGUGCCUGGGCAUCAAUGCCCUGUGCAAAAUUUCUAUGGAAAAUAUAAGAAACAACUACUGUCUGGCAACAUGAGAGAGAGAAAAUUAAUAUGUUCGUAUAAAUUUAUGAAAGGAAACCAAAGUAGAAAAAAGAAAAGCUCAAACUUUUUGAACACAAAGAUUUUUCAAGUACAAGAAUCUUGCUGACUUAUCAUUCUGUUUUGAGCUUUACUAAAAAAGUUGUAUGCAUCUAAAAUUCUGUGACCCAUUGGCUCAUGUAGUUACUUGUAGUUUGUGAGACAACUUGGUUCUGACAGCCUGAAAGCAAGCCAUCUAGUCAAUAAAGUGUUUGCUCAUGCACAGACAUGUGACUGCUGUGUUGUUCAGAAUGAGAGUAUGAUUGAUAGUGCUAAAGUUCACAUUUCAAGAAACUGGUUCACUUAAAAUUUUUACUUAGAAAAGUUUUUAGGAACCAUGGUUUAUUUUCAAAAUAACUGAAAGGAAAGACUGACCUAAUGCUAAUUUUAACAAAAUAUUAGUUUCUUUCUGGGUAAUUAUCAGUAUGUGAUGACUUUGAUAAGUCACAAAUAUUGCAAACAGGUUUUUCCUUCUAGAAAAUUUUAUUAUUAUAGUUUUCUUGUUUUAAUAAUAUUUAAGAGGUAGCAACUCAAGCAUUUAGAGACUUAAAAUAAAAUUUGUGUUAGUUAACCAUAAAGUUCAACUUUUAGAGAUUGCAAUGAAAUAGUUCACACAAAGUCAGAGAAAUAAAAAAUUAUUCUCUGAAAAUACAUUUAGACAGAAUAUGUCCUUAGUAAUGUUAUAUUAAAAAGCAGUAGUUUCUCUGUUCUUCACCAUUCAUGGUUAAACUGUGUUCUUCUAUGUGGAGAUAUCUUUGUUUGUUAAAUGUGGUAUCCAUCAAAAAAGGCCUCCUUUAAAGAGAUACACAGUGUAUGCCUAACUUUGUUAUAAAGAAGUAGAAUAAGAUUGCUUAGAAUUCAACAGAAGAUUUAUUAUUAUUAUGGUAUCAGCGUGAACUAACCACUGGAAUUGUUUUAAUUCACUGCUGCAUCCUUUCAGCCGUCUAAAAUUGUCUCAUAGCACUUUUGGUAUAUUUUUGAUUGAUUGCUAAAACCUCAUGACAGGAAGAGUAGGCAGGUGGUCAUCUCUGACUCUUUCUUCAAAAAUUAUGAGAAAAACAACUACAACCACAUUGAUUUGUAUUUUAGGUUGCUCUGAAAUACUUGUUCUGCUGUUGAAAUGUAUGUGAUUUUGCAGUCAUUGGGGGGUAAUACACACUUUAAAUACUCGAAGAUGAAACUUGCAUUUCUCAACUGCCUCAUGUUAUAUACAAGUUUUCAUUCUAUUUUUGAAUCGAAUAAACAUUUCAUUCUCCUCACAGGAAUAAUAAUAUUUUUGUGUAUUUUUAUGUUGAAUUUUAUUUUCUGUAGGAAAGUGGUUAAAUCAAUUAUUGGAAAGAACAAACUCGUGUAGGAAUUGAAUCAGAUGUAACUGGAGCAGCUUUCUUUAAUCAGACGCUUACCAAGGCUUUGUGUAACAUGUGUAUUUUACUGGUUUACAUAGGAAAUGGUAUCAAUUAAAAGAUUGUAUGCUUAAACCUCCUAUAUUGUACUUAAAGUAAUUAUUUAUGCAAAUACUCCGAACCAAAUAUAAUUUCUUAAAACGCUCUUUAUGAGGCUGUUUCAAGCAAACCUCUG